AUGGCUGCCUCUCCGGCUUCUCAUUCACCGACGACCGGAAUCGACCCCUCUAUUCCAAGAAACAUGUCCCUCGUCACCUUGUCUGUGACUUCGGGCGAGUCUCACGACCUACCAUCUGUGCAUGAGACAAGGCACAACCAUCAUUAUGAUGAUGACUUUCGGUUCAAGACGAUGGUCACUUACUUGCACAGAAGGGCCGUUGGUUGUGGCUGGAUCCCAUCAGAGCCUGGGGGCGUUCAACAUGACUGCUCAGGAAUCCUGCUUAGACGGUCGCGCGGGGAGUACAUCACGGCUCCGGAUGCCAUCAGCCCGAUACUUGUCGAGGCAGUCAUGCGGCUCAACUUGCAUGUGGCUCUUACUAUGCGACCCCAAAUGUUGGAUGGAAUCCUUGCCUCGCUCGCACCGGGCCAGACGGAGCUCAGGUUCAACGACGGCUCCCAAAUCCAAGUUGUCGAUUCCUUGGCCUGCGCACAACCUGCCACGGUGAAGAAGUUGCAAUACGCCUGUGUAUUUAGGCACGAGGGCAUCAUACUUGUAUGGCACCAUGAUCUUGCCAGCAUUUUCCCCCAAGCCACCAUGAUGGAGGAGCGGUUCCUGGCUCUGGUUUGGGGACAAGGAAAAACACCCUUCAACUUGUUACAGGCGUCAAGUCGAGCUGCCUCAUCGUUACACGCUCCUGGCAUUCCCAGCCCCAUGGGAACAGCUACGCCUACUCUGGGUAUGGCAUCUCCCGGCGUUUUGACGCGAUCAAACAGCGGUGAGGAAGUCAUGGAAAAGGAUACCUCCAUGAACAGACCCGAGUCUGUUGCUCGACCCGUCUCACGAGCUUCCGCCUUUUUUGUCGGCGCUGCCUUGUGCCUGUCCAUCUGUCUGCUUGUUGGUAUCUUUUUGGGCAAAGUGGUGACAGAGUGUGUCCUGGCCUAUAGCUGGACACGAGUGGCACUGGCCGUGACUGUUCCCUUGUUGAUGUGCGCGUCCCUGUUCUUCUUCCAAGUCAUCCUUACCAAUCUAUUCCAAAUGAUUGGGCCAAUCGGGGGCAUGAAGACCAACUCACGAUAUUUUUCCGCCCACAAACCAUGCCUGCGCCGAGCCUACGCAGAUGGAUUCUCGCCCCCCAAGAUGACCAUCCAGAUGCCUGUAUACAAGGAGGGCAUGGAGUCUGUGAUUGUCCCCACGAUUCGCAGUCUUCAGGCCGCCAUAUCGCACUACGAGUCUCACGGGGGCUCCGCCAACAUCUUUGUCAACGAUGACGGGCUCCGCGCCGGCCUCGGCGAUGACGAGGUGUGCAAACGCAAGGAGUUUUAUGCGGACAAUAGAAUUGGCUGGGUGGCUCGACCUAAACAUCAUGGUGACGAGGGGUUUGUUCGCAAGGGCAAGUUCAAGAAGGCCUCCAACAUGAACUUUGCUCUCAACAUUUCGCAAAAGGUGGAGGCGUACAUGCAGGAACACGCCGACAGCAGAAUGGCAGACCUGGGAACAAACUGGAUUACCGAGGAGGAGGAGGAGAAGAUGUACGAGACUGCUCUGAGCAGGGUUCUAAGCGAGAACCCCCUGGCGUGGGCUGAUGGAGACAUUCGUCUGGGGGAGGUGAUUUUGAUUGUCGACUCGGACACUCGAGUUCCCGAGGACUGCCUGCUGUAUGGGGCAGCUGAAAUGUUCUUGUCGCCAGAAGCGGCCAUUGUCCAGCACUCGACGGGGGUUAUGCAAGUAACGUACGACUACUUCGAGAACGGCAUCACAUACUUUACCAACCUGAUAUACUCCUCGAUUCGGUUUUGCAUUGGAUCGGGAGAAAGUGCCCCGUUUGUGGGCCACAAUGCGUUUCUGAGAUGGCAAGCUGUCCAGGAUGUCGGCGUCCCUCAACAAGAUGGCUACAUACCCUACUGGUCCGAAAGCCAUGUCUCGGAAGACUUUGACAUUUCCCUUCGUCUGCAAAUGAAGGGCAACGUCAUCCGCAUCGCAGACUACCACGACGGCGCCUUCAAAGAAGGUGUAUCCCUCACCAUAUACGAUGAAAUUGCCCGCUGGCAAAAGUACGCCUACGGCGUCAAUGAGAUGAUCUUCCACCCCUUCCACCGCUGGAUCUACAAGGGCCCCUUCACCCCCCUUUUCUACACCUACAUCACGUCCAACAUCAUGCUCUCUUCCAAAAUCUCCAUCCUGGCCUACAUGUGCUCAUAUUAUGCUCUUGGAUCCGCCCUCUUCCUCUCCACGCUCAAUUACUUCCUGGUGGGGUGGUUCCGAGACGACCUCGCUUCUUCCUACCUCACGUCGUGGAAUGUCUUCCUCUCCCUGGUGGUGGUCUUCAACGCCUCUGGCCCCGUCGCCCUGGCUGUUGUUCGCUACCGCAACGGAGAGAAGCCGCUGCUCAAAGCGCUCUGGGAGAACUUCAAGUGGAUGCCCAUGAUGACGGUCUUCUUCGGCGGCAUUUCAUUCCACAUCUCCAAUGCGCUGCUGGCGCACCUCUUCCACGUGGAUAUGCAGUGGGGGGCCACGUCCAAGGAGAAGGAGGACAGCAACUUUUUCCAGGAGAUGCCUCGCAUCUUCAGCACCUUCAAGUAUAUGUAUCUUAUCCUUGCGUUGAUCACCGGCGCCAUGGUGUACCUGGGAGCAUUUGCAACGCCCGACUGGGCCAUUACGGACUUCACCGUCAUUAUACCCUUGUCCCUGAACGUGGGGUUUCAUGCUUUGGUUCCCUUGGUCCUGAACCCGAGCUUGAUGAUUUUCAACUAUUAG